AUGCCGCAGGUGGUGCUCCGCCUGCGUCCUCGCUGCUUCGCCGCUCGCAACCUCUUCUUCGUCCGCGCCCUCAGCUUCGGCACCGUCGCCCCCGCCCCUUCGCAGGUGCGACCGUGGCCCGGCCUCCGUUCCUGGCGCGACGCUCCGCCCAAUGAGAGCCGCUCCUGGGGAAGCCACGGUCCGUCGCCUUCCCCUCCACACGAUCCCAUCGCCAUGCCGGCGUCCUCUCUCUCCGAGUGCGCCGCCACGGUCCUCUCCACUGCCGAUCCCCUCACCAAGUCCCGCCUCUCCCAUCUCGCGUACUCUCGUUGGUGCCGCCGCGAGAUUCCCGUUGGUUCCGCCGUCCCCCCUGCCCGCCCUGCCCGGCCAGAGAAGCCCCUUCUGGUGCCGCCCAAGGAGAUUCCUUCACACAAGAGUGCAGGAUUGCCUCUCAACGCCUACAUGCUUCACAAUUUAGCCCACGUCGAACUUAACGCCAUCGACCUGGCGUGGGAUACUGUGGUUCGCUUCUCGCCGUUGAGGGAGGAGCUUGGUGAUGAAUUUUUUGCUGACUUUGCUCGCGUUGCCGAUGAUGAAAGCCGGCAUUUCUCCUGGUGCUCUCAGAGGCUCAAUGAGCUCGGCUUCAGCUAUGGGGAUAUGCCGGCUCACAAUUUCUUAUGGAGGGAGUGUGAGAAAUCCUCUGAAGAUGUUGCUGCUCGCUUGGCAGUGAUCCCUUUAGUGCAGGAAGCCAGAGGUCUUGAUGCAGGACCAAGACUUGUCCAAAAGUUGGUAGGUUUUGGAGAUUUAAGAACAUCAUACAUAGUCACUAAGAUCGCUGAGGAAGAAAUGGCACAUGUUGCGGUUGGACUCUACUGGUUCCUCCAUGUUUGCAAAAAGAUGGACAGAACUCCAUGUGCUACUUUCAAGGACCUGCUGGAGGAGUACGGCGUGGAGCUGAAAGGUCCCUUCAACCACACAGCUCGCGACAAAGUUGGGAUUCCUCGCGACUGGUAUGAUGGUGCAGAAAAGCAAGAAGGAAGGGCUAAACUCUCAGAGGUCCAUGAUAGGCUGUCUUCCAUCAUAGCUCUGGAGAGGAACAACUCAGAAAUGAACUGCUAAUUGUGACUUGUGAGUGAAUUGAUUUAUGCAUUUUUUAACUUCCUCCUUUGUGUAGUUGAAUUGUUUAAUACUACUUUAACAAUAUUUUGCGGUUUUCUUUUUGUUGAUAAAUAUAUUGGUUUUUAGUCCAUUUAAGCCAUUAUUAUUAUUUAAAUGCCUCCAGUGUUUUUUUUUAUCAUUACAAGUUUUAAUGACCUCUGCUUGUCAGUGCAUCCAUUCUUAUCAAUCUUUGUCAUGACUUGUUUCCUUAGGACAUCCACAAUGCCGUUAUACUUGGAGCGACGUGGAUAUAUUUUAGUUGUACUAUAGUAUUAACACAUUUAAUUCUUUAAACUAGUUAAUGCCUAUAAAUUAAAAGAAAAAAUAAAAAAAAGCAUUAACGCGUUCACACGUUAAUGUCAAUGUGAAUGCCCUAAUAGCA